ACCCUUAUUCUUACAUUGUUUUGCUCUAGAUCAAAUUUUGCUGGAAACUAAUUACCAAGGAUUUCCUGUCGUACAAGAUAAGAAGAAUAUGAUGUUAUUGGGAUAUAUUGGUCGUGUAGAAUUAAAAUAUGUCAUAGACAAAGCAAAGAGAGUCCGAGGAACAUCAAAUAGUGCACAUUGUUUUUUCAAUCCUGAAGAUACUAAAUAUAUUGAUAGCAGUGGUAGUGGUGAAGGAUCGUCAAAUUUCAUCGAUUUUGCACCUUUCAUUGAUCAGACACCUAUCACGGUUCACCCACGAUUACCACUCGAAACA